GUCGAUUUUCUUUGAACCAAAUUAUUUCAAUUGUUUAUAAAACAUUGCGCCAAACGUGCGAAGUCGUUUUAGGUUAAGUUGACGUGUUUGAUAUAGCUAACAGACGCCUAGGAUGAAUUUGUAAUCUAAAAUGAAAGUGAAUUUUAGUUUCAAUUGCAUCUGUUUUCUGUGUUGGAUAUCGAUUUUGGCAUGUGUCCAGUCAGAAACGUUUAAUAAUAACGACGUAGAAUUAACGGCAAACACGUCAACAAUUGCAAGUUAUAGAAAAGGCAAGUUUUUAUUUAAUCAAUUGGCUAGUAUAACGAGUUUUUUCUCUCCUGCACCAGUUGUGGAAGCAAUUGCUGAUGUAGAUGAAGAAGAGGAUGAGGAAGACGAAUCUAAAAAAUGUACAUGUGAAUGUGGUCUUUCGAAUCAAGAGAACCGCAUUGUUGGUGGACAAGCGACAGGCAUAAACCGCUAUCCGUGGGUAGCCAGAAUCGUAUACGAUGGUCGUUUCCAUUGUGGCGCCUCGCUACUCUCCAGCGAUUAUGUGCUCACAGCUGCACAUUGUGUUCGCAAGUUGAAACGUUCAAAAAUACGAAUAAUACUCGGUGAUCAUGACCAAUCAACUACGACAGAUGUUCCAGCUAAAAUGCGAGCCGUAGCUGCAAUUAUAAGACAUCGCAAUUUCGAUUCAGACUCGUAUAAUCACGAUAUUGCCCUUCUGAAGCUGAGGAAGCCGGUCGAGUUCACGAAAAAUAUCAAACCAGUUUGUCUCCCAACCUUAUCAGAACCUGCUGGUAAGACUGGCACCGUGGUAGGAUGGGGAAGGACAGCGGAAGGGGGAAUGUUGCCUAACAUUGUUCAGGAAGUGGAAGUUCCUAUAUUGACAUUAGCGCAAUGUAGGGCAAUGAAAUAUAGAGCAUCGAGGAUUACUUCCUACAUGUUGUGUGCAGGAAAAGGCUCCAUGGACUCAUGCCAAGGAGAUAGCGGUGGCCCAUUGCUCGUACACAAUAAAGACAAAUUUGAAAUCGUUGGUAUCGUGUCAUGGGGAGUAGGAUGUGCGAGACCUGGUUAUCCUGGUGUUUACACGAGAGUUUCCAAAUACCUGAAUUGGAUAAAAUACAACGUACAAGAUUCCUGCAUAUGUAGUUAAAUUAUUUUAUUUAUUUAUUUUUUAUA